CUAAUUCUGAAAGAAACCUACGUUACAGAUGGCAGAACCACAGACAGGAACUUCCUCAUCUGUUGAUCCCAAAAAGAAAAAUUCACCUCUAGAUGAGGAAAUUGGAAAGGAAUUUAUUAGCUCUUGGAAAUCACUUUCAGCGGCAGGAGAUGAUAAAAUGGAUUUUAAUUUUGAUACAGUUUCAAGUGGCAAGAAGAAAACAUUCAACUUUGACAAAUUAGAUAUGGAUUUUAAUCUAGAUGGUGAUUUUGAAAAGUUAACAUCCUUCAAAGUGGACUUGCCUGACCUUGAUUUCUCAUCCCCAUCCAAAAAGACUGCUAAACCCAAAGAAAGUUCUAAAGAAGAAUCUUCCAGUGGAAAUCAUCGAGGAAAACGAGACUGCUUUGCAUUCUCUUUUGAUUUUAACGAGUUGGAUGAUUUCAACUUUGAUUCAUCUAUAAUUCAAGGAGGUAAAACUUCCAUGAAAAAUCCGGACAGCAAAGUGGCUGGUUCAGAUAGGAGUGAAUAUCAGAGCUCAAAAGUUAACCUGGCUUGCGGCAAUGAUGCAUUUGAUUAUAGCCACACAGACAAGAGUCAAGCACCAGAGAAUGCAACUACUUCUGUUGUUGAGACUACUGUAGUUGGUGAAGCAACUGGCAAUUCCUCAAAUGACAAUUUUCCUUCAAUAUCAGAAAAAAUUGGAGAUAUGUUUGUGUCACACUGUACAAGAGAUUCAACAGAGAAAACAGUCUCUGUUAGUCCAGAAGAAGCAGAUCAGCAGAAUCACUUCCAAGAGAAGGCAAUGCCCACAGAACCACAAGCUCAACAGUUGACACAGAUAUUAUCUGUUCAAUCUGUUACAGGGAAAAAUUCAAUUCGAGAUACUGAAUCUUUCCAAGAGAAGGCAAUGCCCACAGAGCCACAAGCUCAACAGACAACAGAGAUUUUACCUGUUCAAUCUGUUCCUAAGAAUAGUUCAAUUCAAGAUACAGAAUUAGAUAUUCAAGUUGGUUCCCUGGCUAGAAAAUUGAAUACAGAAUCUGGUGCAGAAGAGGAUGUUAUGGACAGAACUAUACCUUGUAGUAGCUCUAAUCAUGAGAACUUACAGUUGAAGAAUUCGGCUCAACCAUACAAUGACGGAUCAGAGAGCAGUGGAGGUGCAUGCAAAAAGGCAGAUAGUGAAACCCCAAUUGGAAAUAUGACAGGGACUGAGCCAAUGCAAGAUGAUCUAGAUUUUGAAGUUACAUCCUCUGCAGAUCAUUUACCGAGAAGACCAAAUGAUAAGGAUGUCCAGAAGUCAGCUUCAAAACUUUUGGUUCCAUUAAGGAGUGAACCUGUUGUCAAUAAUGUGACACCAACAAAGGAGACAGAAUCAGGAGUUGUUUGUUCAAAGUAUUUUAAGAGAUUGAAAGAACCCAAACCUCAACUAUGUCAGCCACCAUCCACUGGCAUGGAGGUUUCCUCAUUUGGGUGUAAAGAAAUGGAUACACUUUGUCCUGCAAAUGAGAAAAGAGAAAGCUUCAAUGUUAAUGAUGCACAAACGCACAAAAAAGUAAUUGGUGAUUCAAAGUCACUUUCAAUGGAAUUGGCAAAAGGAGAACCUUCUUCCCUAGGGAGCGUAAAGAAUGUUAAAAAUUUAUGUAAUAUCAGUUUUGAAGUUAAUACUUCCAGCUCAAUUGAUAAGGCAACUAAGUCUAGCAUCCAGACAAGUGAAAAUUCUACUGCUGCAGUUUCAAGCAUGGGAUCAACUUGGAACUCAAAGAUAAUUCCUUUUGAAGGGCUUAAAGCUGGAAAGAAAACACCUGAUCUUUCUAGCUUGAAGAUUACAAGGACUACUGGAGCAAGCAAAGGUCAUUCAAGUGCUGUAGAUAAAUUGGGACUAAGUUCCUCGAGAAACUCAGGGAAAAAUGUGGAAGUACAAGGAACUACAGCAUCCAAGGUUGCUCAUCCUAUUGCAAAUGCUGAGAGAAAAACUCUGUUGAUGACAUCUUUGAAACGGAAAACAUCUGAGGCAUCAAAUCAAGAGCUAGUGGCCUUGAGUCCACGAAAACGUCUUUCUCAGUCACCCAAUGAGAUCAGCAAUUUGAAGGAACCUCUGAAAAGCACUAUUGAAGAACAGGGUUGUCAUCAGGAUAAUCAGGUAAAGAGUAAGCCCAAAGGUGUUCUCUAUAACCACUCAACCUCUGGACAUGAAAUACCCCAACAGGCAAAUAUAAGAGAACAAGACAUUUCUUUGGCUAUGGAAAAUGAUGGAAAUGUUGAAAAGGCCGAAGCAUAUGCAAAAGAGCUUGAGGAUAUUUGCAACAUGUUGAAGAAGAAACAUGAGGAAGCCAAAGAAAUAAUGGUUCGAGCUAUUGUGAAUAAUAACAGUUUACUGAUGCUUAACCAUCCUAUGUUCAAUGAGAAGAUUCGAAUGGUUCAGAAAUUUGCUGCACAGUUGACUUCUGAUUGGCUUCAGUAGGAACAAGAUAGGGCCAGUAGGUGUGAAUCUCUUACCAGCUGGUAUCAGAAUCUGUUUCCUGAGCAGUCGAGCUUUGCAACAAAGUCUCCCUCGUUGCAGUUUUACUUUUACAUGAUCUCUGUGCGUGUUUACUGUGCUAAGCUUAACACUCAGAAUUAUAAGCUUUCUUGUUCCAAUCUUAUUUCGGGUUAAAAGUAGAUAAAGAUUUUCCUAUAAAUAUUCUCUUUGGGACUAGAAGUAGAAGAUUCAAAAGAAAAAGUAAAAUAAUUUCUUUUGUGAUCUAAUUGCAAAAUUAACUUUUAAGAGAAAUUACUUACAAACGGGUAAUCCUUGAAAAUUAUAAUUAGCUAUUAUGUGGUACUUCAUUUGUUUGAACAAGACUAUAAUAGCAAAUACAAAAUCCUAUUUGAGAUCAAUGAAAGCAAAUUCUGACUUCUUUUUUAACACUCAGGAAAGAUUGUCAUUGACAGAUAUGAUUCUAAUAUAAAUAUUAGGAUGAUUAUUAGUUUUUAUCUGAUGAAACAUGUAUCUCAUAGAAUCCAUCAGAUAUAUGUAAGAUGGAGAAUGUUCUUGUACUAAUAAUGAUUUAUUUUUUAAAAAAUGCAAACCGGUCAUAUGAUUCGCUCUUAAACUUUUUCUAACUAAAAACAAGGCAUAGCUAGUUGGGCAAGUGAAUAGAGUUUGGUUGGGCUUUUAUUUUGGCUAAAUGUGAGUGAGGGAAAUAAACCUCGCAUUUUUUUUGAAAUUCUUUUUCGGAUAGUUGGAUUUUCCGCGGUAGAAUCCAGUCCCGUGCUUUUUACUUACCAUUCUAAAAAUUUGAACCUCUCUCUGGUCUCAUUGUACAGCUGAAAGUAGGCGCGCCUCCGCCCCCACUUUCAAGUUUCAACGUUCGGAUUUCAAAUUUAAAAGCCGCCCGCUCCCCCUAAAAAAAUUAAAAACGAAUAAAACCUCCGCCUUCUCCCUCCCAUCUCCGUGAAAACUAAAAUCAGAAUACAUCCCAAAAAUUAAAACCUCUCAUUCUACCCUCCAAAAACCAGCAUCACAUAUACAAUAUUCUUGCCACUCCAAUUUCACCACUCCCUCUGUCUCUCUCUCUCUCUCUCUAUCUCAAGAUCUUGAUCUGUCUGUAUACAAUGGCUUUUCUUUCUCGUAGUGAAAAUCGUAACAAAGAGAACAUUCCUCCUCUCUAUUCAGAGCUGCGAGCCACACUGGAUGCAAAAUCUCCACGCUUCCCCUGCGACGGAAGAAGAGCCAGGAAGCCUCUAGAGGACAUUACCCACCUCUUCAAUCAACCAAUUUAUUCAAUUUCACCUCCGCAGAACAGGAUCCCUGUUUAUAUUUCAUCUUCUUUACCUUGCCAACUGAAGUGCGGGAAAAGGAGAGCUGUAGGAGGAGGUGUCGAAUCCAUGUGCAAGAAAACCAAUGUGGUGUAUUCAAGCAAAAAUUUUAGAUAGUUAAACUACCGAUUUAUUACUGUGUUAAAUUUGUUAGCUAGUCAAUCUGCUUGAUUGAGGAUUAAUUCAAUCUUUGUGGACUGGACUAGCGUUUCCAAGUCCAGAAUUAGGGGUAAAUUCCAUAUUCAAUGUAAUAUAUGCUACACAGGAAUAAAAGAUGAAAAAAAAUCUAAUUAUAUUUUA